AUGGGUUUGAUACUCUCCUCCUACUCAUUACGUUAUUUGAAUGAAACAACUGCUGUUGAUAUCCAAAAUAGUUUAAGACAAAUUCUCCAUGCAUUUGAACAAGAAUUGUUAACUUUAAGCAGUAAAAAUAAACAACUGCUAUUCUUAGAUCCAUCGUUUCAAUCAAAAAGAGGACGCAUCAGUGAUCAUUAUCCUCACACUGCACAAGAAAAACGAAAAAGAGCACAUUCAACAGAAAUACAAACUAAAACCGCCGAACAACUUGAUCCAAUCUCAUCUCCACCAUCUCGGCGUUGGAAAUGUAAAUUUUGUUUGGAGAUUAAUGAACGAGAAAACCAGAUAUGUGCACAAUGUGGUUCAACAAAAGUUAAUGUCUACAUACCACUAGAACAUCAUUCGAACGAUAUGACUUCCGCACAUGACGAUAUUAAUAACCAUAAUAGGCAAGCAUGCGUUAGAUUCGUUCCAAGUUCUCCAAAAUCUGUUUUAUGGCAAAAAAUAGGUCACACUCAUCAUCACCGACGCGAUCAUUUUCAACCAUCUCAUCAACAUCAGCGCAAUGAAAGUCUAGAUGAUCAUGAUCAAACUAAUCACCAUUUUACAUCACAUCGUCGAAGUGUUUUAAUUGCCCAUAAACGUGAAGCAGAUGAACAUAUUGUCUUAAAAGAUUUCGAAAAAUUACUAGAAAAAUGUUUAUUGACUAAUAGUCGAUUUCACGAUGAUAAAUUUCCAGGAAAUAAUUACUCACUAUAUAUAAAUGGUCACUCAUUAUCGAAUACGACUAUUCAAUUAUUGCCCGAUCAACAACAUGUACAAACAGCUGUUCAAUGGUUAAGACCCGAUAAAAUAUUUGCACACGAUUGGACAGAAAAUGUUCACAAACAGUGGACAGUUUUUAGAGAUCCCAAACCAAAUGAUGUUUUACAAGGAGCGUUAGGUAUAGAAGAAGUAUGUUAUUCAAUGGCAGAUCACGUUUUAGAUAUUUGCUUUAUCAUAGGUGAUUGUUGGUUUAUUACUGCUCUAAGUGUUCUUGCCGAAAAACCUGAAUAUUUAAUGAAGGUUUUAAUUACUAAAGAAUACAAUCGUGAGGGUAUUUAUUAUGUUCGACUUUGUAAAGAUGGUAUGUGGACUCAAGUACUUGUUGAUGAUCGUUUCCCAUGUACAAAAUUUCAGACAUUUGCAUAUUCACAAGCACAUCGAAAACAAUUAUGGGUACCAUUAAUUGAAAAAGCAUUAGCAAAAUUAAAUGGCAGUUAUGAAGCAAUCAUAGCUGGACGAUGUUGUGAAGGUUCGUUACAAUGA